UAGCUUAGUUGAAUUUCUUUAUUGUCCACAAGUCCGAGAAAAGGUGAAAUAUAUAAAGGAAAGGAUGCGAGACUCAGAAUAGGAUUCACAUUCAGGAAGGAGAGAAGAAACCCAACAUAAAAAAUCAGUAAUUAUCAAUUUUAUGGCUCUUGCACUCAAGUCGAGUUGCUUCUUGCAAUUGAAGAAACCUGAGGUCGGUUUCCAUGUUUGUUUUUCCUCUAAGAAGGCUUUAGUCUCUGUGAAGAGAUACACUCCAGUGGCUGCUAUGAGGACCAUGGAAGUUCCGGGACUCUCUGAAACGUUCACCAGACUGAAAAAAGAAGGAAAAGUGGCUUUUAUACCGUAUAUUACAGCCGGUGAUCCUGACCUUUCAACCACAGCUGAAGCACUGAAAGUGCUUGAUUCAUGCGGGUCUGACAUAAUUGAGCUAGGUGUUCCAUAUUCUGAUCCCUUGGCAGAUGGUCCUGUUAUCCAGGCUGCUGCUACAAGAUCUCUUGCAAAGGGGACCAAUUUCAAUGCAAUCAUUUCUAUGUUGAAGGAGGUUGUUCCGGAAUUGUCAUGUCCAAUUGCACUGUUUACAUAUUACAAUCCAAUACUGAAGCGUGGUACUGAGAAAUUUAUGUCUAUUCUAAGAGAAACUGGCGUACAUGGGCUUGUGGUCCCGGAUGUCCCUCUGGAGGAGACGGAGACUUUAAGAGUGGAGGCUAAGAAAAAUGGAAUUGAACUGGUACUCCUCACAACACCCACCACUCCAAAAGACCGAAUGAAGGUCAUUGUUGAUGCAGCAGAAGGAUUUGUGUACCUUGUGAGUUCGGUGGGGGUGACAGGAGCCCGAUCAUCAGUCAGUGGUAAUGUUCAGUCUCUUCUGCAGGAAAUCAAAGAGGCAACAACUAAACCUGUGGCUGUUGGUUUUGGAAUAUCAAAGCCCGAGCAUGUUAAACAGGUAGCAGGAUGGGGAGCUGAUGGUGUGAUUGUUGGCAGUGCUAUGGUGAAGGUGCUUGGAGAAGCCAAAUCUCCUCAAGAGGGAUUGAAAGAGCUGGAUGCUUUUGCCCGCUCCUUAAAGGAGGCACUUCCUUAACAAUAAGCUCUAAGAGCUCAAACUUGUAGUAGUUAUGCUCAUCUAUAUAUAUUCGAUUUGAAUAAGAAUGUGGUUCAAUUUUUUGUUCUGAUCAUGAUGUAGUGUAUGAGCAAAUUUUGUUCCUUUUCAA